AUGGAGAAUUCGACGGGCACCGACACCAAUGCCAAUGGCGCAUCGUUGCGGCGGCCCAGCCCCAUUUCUACGACGUCAGCUUCCUCGUCCGUGUCGCCGCCGCCACGCCCAAACGGACUGGACGCCGCAGCCCGAGCCGCACCGCCGCCCGGCAUUGGCUCGCCAGAGACGCCGGCCGUCGGGUUCCCGCCGGAUGCUGCCUCGUAUCCGGGCCAGAAGCGGUCGCUGGCCGGCAUCGCCCUGCGUGCCUUUUGUCUCGGUGCGGCCCUCGUGGUCGGCGUGGUGUCGGGGGCGCUGCUCGUCCUGUUGCCCCGUCUCGUCCCCGGCGCCGCCGGCAUCGGCAUCGACGUGCUGGCGCCCCUGUGGCGCCUCCCCUUUUUCCUGGCCGCCCUCGCCACCUUCCACUUCCUCGAGUUCUGGACCACCGCCCGCUACAACACGCAGGCCGCGAGCAUCGACUCGUUUCUGCUGACGGCCAACUGGCCCGCCUAUGCGAUUGCCCACACGGCCGCGUCCGUGGAGUGCCUGCUGCGCUACACACUCCUCCGCGACGUGCAUGUGUGGACGCACCUUCCGUUCGCGCUACCCCGGACGGCCGUCCUGGCCACGGGUCUCGCGGUGGUGGUCGUCGGCCAGGCCGUCCGCACGGCCGCCAUGGUCCAGGCCGGCCGCAGCUUCAACCAUACCAUCCAGCACAAGCGCGCGACCAGCCACGCCCUCGUGACGGACGGCGUCUACGCCUGGCUGCGGCACCCGAGCUAUUUCGGCUUCUUUUGGUGGGCGCUGGGCACGCAGCUGGUGCUGGGCAACGUCGUGUGCCUCACCGCGUACGCAAUGGUGCUGUGGCGGUUCUUCUUCAUGCGCAUCCGGCACGAGGAGACGCUGCUGGUGCGCUUCUUUGGGGACGACUAUGUGCGGUACCGGGCGCGUGUGGGCACCAAGAUUCCGUUUAUUUGA